CCACACCACAACUUUUCCUGCGCCAGAAGGCAGCACGACAACGGCCUCCCGUUCGAGAAGACCACCCACUUGAACGUGACCUGACUUAUAAGGCGAUUGGCUCUCUCCACCGACCCCCGCGCAAAAAAAGGAAAGGGAGGUUCCAAUGUUCCUGAUCUAGAGUCUCGCCUGCAUCCGACCAUCCCCCCUUAAGCGUCCCUCUGGCACCGUCACACGCUACGCCUGUGCAUCUCAAGGACGCAGACCCCCAAAGCUUGAUGAGCUCGCUCCCUCAGGACUAUCGCGCUCCAUCUACGCCCCAAAACAAGAGGACCCUCGUCCCUCUCCUCACAAACACAAGUAAAAUGGAAUCCUAGCCCCGAAGUAUGGCGAACGAACGCAUCCAAACCGGACCGCAUCUGUCUAUAGAUUAUCAGAAACUUGUAUUCCUUGCGGCCGGCAGUUCGGGAAUCGUCUAUGCGAUUGAUGAGGAAAAGGUCCUAAAAGAGUAUCACAGUGAGGGGAUUGACGUGGAACGUCGAGCAUUUGAACGCCUAGGACUGCACCGUAAUAUCGUAAGAUGCUUUGGUGCCAUAGACAACGGCAUCAUCCUGGAGCGCGGACAAUCGCUUCGGAAGGUUAUCGAAGAAAGCGGAGCAGAGCAGAUUCCCUUGGAUAAGAGAAUUCGCUGGCUACAGGAAGCUGCAGAGGGAACGCGAUAUUUGCAUGAGAAGGGCAUCAUCCAUGCUGAUGUUGGAUGUAACAACUGGAUCAUAGUUCAUGGACGUCUGAAGAUCAUCGACUUUGAAGGUUGCAGCAUUGACGGCGAAGAAGCAGGAGCCUGUUAUGAGUGGUUUAGCUACAGGCAAUCGACACCAGUGAUAAGCCGAAAGACCGAUAUCUUCGCAUUCGGCUGCGCGGUCUACGAGGUGAUGACCGGUAGACAGCCACACCAGGAACUUGCAGCAUCUGACGAUCGAAUGCUCCGUAUCAAGCAACUCUAUGCCGACAAUCAUUUUCCCGAGGUCGAAAAUAUCCCGCUGGGCAGUUUGAUGCAGGGUUGUUGGCAUGGUACUUUCACGUCCAUGGACGAAGUUCUUCAAGACCUUGAAGUUGCUGGCGUGCCGGUCACCAGGAAAGCAGAUUCUGGUGUCCAGAGUGUGAUGGCUACUAUCUUUGACUACUUAGCAUCAUGGAGAACACGUUGAGCGCUUGGAAAUUCUUAAAUGAUUUGGAAGUUUACUGGACAGUUUUUAAGAUUAGAUCUCAUAACAUUGUGUCGUAUAAUAACAUUUCAUUCUCUUCCUUGGAUGGAAUAAGCUAGGCGCUACCGCUUUGCUACAAGAGCCAGAUGACCGGCGAGGAUACGGAGCUGAGCCCUGGGUCGAGAA